AUGGAGCCGAUGGCUGCUACUGCCGUGCAGGGGGGAUCUACCGGGCCUCACCAGGAACGUACCACAAAUGGUAAGGGGAACUCUACAAAAUACCAACUGAACCAGGUGAUUGGGAAGGGCUCGUAUGGAAUUGUUUACAAGGCGGUCAACAAGAGCACGAAACAGGUUGUUGCUAUCAAAGAAAUCAACUACACCUCAGACGAGGAGUUGAACGAGAUCAUGAUCGAGAUCGAUCUCUUGAAGAAUCUACACCACAUCAACAUUGUUAAAUACCAUGGUUUCAUCCAGAAAAUGUCCAAUCUUUACAUCAUUUUAGAGUAUGCUGCACACGGGUCUUUGAAAGGUUUACUCAGUUCCAGAAUUGGUCAUCUGUUGGACGAAGCAGAAACGAAAAUAUACGUGCGUCAGACACUGGAUGGGCUAGCCUAUUUGCAUGAGCAAGGUGUGAUACAUAGGGAUAUCAAAGCUGCAAAUCUGCUGCUCGACUCAACUAAUACCGUGAAGUUGGCUGACUUCGGCGUUUCGACCAAAGUAAAUAACACGGCAAAAACUCUGGCUGGUUCAUUGAACUGGAUGGCCCCAGAGAUCGUCACCAAUAAGGGCGCGUCCACAUUAAGUGAUAUCUGGUCGCUGGGCGCCACAAUUGUUGAGCUGAUGACAGGAAAGCCCCCAUUUCACAAUCUUCUGGAUAUCAAUAUUUAUUACGCAAUGGAGAACGAUAACGAAUGCUACUACCCGCCUGCAUCGCUCCCGGAGGGUGCGAAGCAGUUUUUGGCUCUUUGCUUUCAAAAGAAUAUGUUCAAGAGACCCACAGCGAAGAGUCUCCUUAAGCAUAGUUGGCUUUUCGAUGAAAACGUACGAAGAGAGAAGGAAACCACCAAACUAGCGAAAUUUGAGGAAGUGUUUCAAGAGGACGGGUUUAACUGGGAUGACGAUUUUAGAGAAAACGAUAUUCCAUUAUCAAGGUUGCUGACGAAUUCUCCUCGAAAGAUCAACGCGAAUAUUGCUGGCGGAUCACCUUUGAAAAAGACACCCUUCAAAAGAAUAAAUAAUCAAGCAGGACCAGAUACGGCAUAUACAAAGGGUCCUGCGUAUCAUAAAACUGAUGAUUACGACAAUAAUGAGAAUAUGGAGAUUGAUGACUCUUUAUUGUAUGACGGAAACUACUAUCUGGAAAAAUUUGUGAACGACAAGAGCCUGCAGAUUCCAACCGAGAAAUACUCAAUGAUCAUAAGGGAUUGUAAGACAAACGACAUCGUCAUUUCAAUAUUCAGCGUUUUACAAGAUCUUAAUUUUGCAAUCACCACUGGUCAGAUCGAUUUUUUGUGUAGAUUGUUCAAUUUGGAUCAAAGAGAGAAUGAUUCCCGCAUUAUAAACUGUUUCAUUGAAUUUGGUGGGGUGUCCCUUAUCAUGCAUAGUCCAUCUCUAGUUUGGGAACUAAUCAACACGCAAAAUAGACAGGAAAUUCUGAAGACACUAUACCAAAGUGGAGUGAUGAACAAGGGUAAUAUCAAAUUACUCGAAACAAAUUCCAUGCUGUACUUUGAACUAGUUUACAAAUUUUUGGAUUUCACGUCGAUGAAAUUUUGGUACCAGUGGUGCUCUAAGAAUCUUAACAUUGAGCUCCUGGUGAAAAGAAUGUAUCAAGAAAAUAACAGACGUGUUCAAUCUAUCCUACUUAAACUCUCAUCGUUUGAUGCUGAUUUGGGUAACGGUGGAUGCCACUGGGUUCUAGAGAGCAUUCUACCAGUGCUGACCGCUAAUCAAGUCAGGACAAAAAUUCCACAGAUACAUUACAUUGUAUUCAAAUCAAUUGCAUAUAUGCUACAAAACUCGCAUAAAGAGUCUUUAUUUUUUGGUAAGGACUCUACAAAUAGCAUCAAAGGGAACAAAGGAAGCGAAUUCUUCAAGAACUCCAGAGUGAAUUUACUUUUAAGAACUUCUAGCAAUUUAAACACGACCUCUCCCUACGAUACAGUAUCUAUGACACCAGCAGCAAAUUCGCCGCUAAAACAGUAUCCAAGAAAUUCGACUAGCACAGGACGUCCUCGAUUUAGGUCCUUUCCAAUGGAGUUGAACAAUGGGCUAGAUGCUGCAGAGGAAGAGAUUUCCUCGAUAAAAUUGCCCAACAAUUUUGGCCCGUGGUUGCUUUCAAUUGUAAAUUAUAACAAUGAUGUCAUCUUUGAUUGUAAUAGCAAUAUUCACUUUUGGAAGUAUCUUAUCAAAGUAUGUCACCUCGCGUCUCGCCUUGAUGAGGAAAUACUGGUGUCCCUAAAUCGCAGCGACAGGUUCAAGGCAUUAUCAUUGCAUAUCUUAGAAACGUAUGGCUCACCUUCAGUUAAUAGCCAACAGGACCAUAGGAAUUUAAAAUCCAUCAUUCGGACGAUUUUGCUGAUUAUCAUCGAUAUCACCAAGGCGGGACAAAACGACCAUUCAUUCAAUUUUGCGGAGUUUGUCACAAAAGUCCUCCGCGAUCACAAAGAGUUUGGCCCUGAAUGUAUGGAUAUUGCUAUAAACUGUUAUCAAUCUGAAGAGAAAUUUGUCACUCCUGCAGCUACAUUAUCCCGUCUCUUCUACGAGUUCGACGCGAAUGAUGCUAAUUUCACCUCAUUUGUGAGCAAGUUCGUGAAAUUAUGUACCGUGGAGCGCACAGUACCAGAGCAUAUCGCAAUGCAACGAGACUUUCCCAAGAGAAUACAGCUGUUCUUCGAACUCUACGGGAACAGUCUCUUGAUUCAAAUCGAACUGCUCAAGUUGGUAAAAGCGAUAUUGUCGCAGGGCAACCCACCAAGAGACACUGUAGUCCGGAUAGUCACUUUUCUCCAGACUAACUGGGACGACGACCCAAUUGCGGGCGACAAGGGCAGCAGUGUACAGCAGGUAGGUAGAGGUUCCGUGCUCAUCAUGCAACUAUGUAAAGACGUAGAGGGGCUACUGGUCUAG